AUGACUGCGACAUCUCAGCCUCGAUGCUCCCUUCAAGAGACCAUUCGUCUCGGUCAAUUCUAUUCCUUGGACGAAACUACCAUACUCUUCCAGAUCAAAGAAGUCUUCGAACCCGAACUCGAACGCCUCAAGUCUGCUAGAGCUAUUGAAGGCACCGAACAGCAGCGUCAUGCCAAUGGGACACCUGAGAACCCCAGUCCUUCCCAGAUUCUCUACUCAGCCAACUACGAUGAGAUCAAUCGAACACUUGUGGGCAUCCUUGCUCUCCGAUGGAUUCAUAAUGGCGAAUACGAGAAAUUCACGCGCGGUCAACCAACCGAUCAUAAGUUGACGGAGGAAUCCUUCGAGUGGUUACGCAACCUGUUCGCCGAUGGUCUGAAGUGUUCAGAUGACCUGUUUGCAUUGAUCAUAUCCAUGGUGAUCAAUGAUCUAGGAAAGGAUCCUAAUCUUGAGGAAGACUACUUUCACGUCACGCGCACACCGUUGACCGAGCAGAAUCAUGAUGCUCUUCUAUUUGAGGCCGCCAACGCCGGCAUGAUUCCAUCAUUGGACUACCUCAGUCCGGAAAACCGGAAGGAAGUCAUGCUCGGCUUAGAGCUUGGGUCGGAGCUCAAUGCGGGCCAAUUGGCUCAAGCCGAAAGUGUACCUUUGAACCUGGAAGGACUUCUCACCAUGCGAGGUCACGAACACGCAUUUGAACUCAAAUUCCUGGAACAAAUUCUUGAUGUCGCCGGCGCUGCAGGUCAUCUUGAUUCUACCGGGGCUAGAAAUUUAAUCGAGCCGGUUUUUCAAGCAUUCAAGACCGUCCACGAGGUCUCGCUCGACAUCAUAGCGGGCAGAUCAAAUCUGCGGCAAGGAUAUGAUAAAGUUUUGACGAAGCGUGGCAACAUGCUUUAUAUCAAAGGAUUUCGCCGACUCAGUGUCAGUGAUCGGGAAGAGAGGGCGCUUCUGCGCUUGUUGACCAUGGGACGAACCGUCGACAUAGAGCAGGCAGAAUUAUUCUCCAAAGCAUUCCAUGCUCUGGAUAAACGAAACAAGGAUCAACUUGUGGCAGGUCUGAAUGUAGAUGGGAAUGUCAACGAAACGGCGGUCUUGCCGUAUUAUAUGCCCGCCAUUAUAUCCACAACACUGGCGAAUACCAAAGACGCAGACGAAGAAAGCAAACGACGAGCACUCACCAGCCUUAUGAGGUAUCUUGCCAAAGUUUUGGGCAGUCCUGGAACCGGCCCAGUCGACCCUCCGGAAGACAGCGUGUACAAUGGGGAAGUCCCUGGAAUCAUCAUAGAAAGAAAUAUGUCAAAAGCCCAGGAUGUCAUUAACAGUGCAGAAUUUAAGGACAAUCCCGAUCUUCUGGAUGGACUAGCGAUACCCGAUGGUCAAAUACUUCAAAGACGGAGAACCAGCCAAUCGUGGUGA